AUGCAUGAUGUUAUGGAUUAUUGCCUUCGUACAUAUUUUAAGACAAUUAACUGGAAUGAUGAUAACCAAUAUUCUAAUUUAUGUACGGCUUCACGAGCAAUAUUAGACUUUCAGAUACCACGUGGAUUAACAUUUGCGAUAUCAAAAAUUAAAUUUCCAUUACUCAAGGCAUCAUAUUCGAUGAAUGUUUCACCGAUACUUAAUGGUUCAUUGGGAUAUUUAUUCACAUCACGACCAUUAAAAGUUAAUCCAAGUGAACGUGUAAACUUUAUGGAAAUGAUUGAUAGAUUUCAUAUUAAUUAUAUGCCAAGGAAUUACUCCCCUGAAGUUUUAGAUAAGAAUGAUACUGAAGUAAUUAAAGAUUAUUUACUAUAUGGUCGUUUGUUUGUUCCAACUGGUCGUCUUGAAGCUAUUUAUUCCAAGAGAUUUUCUCGAUGGAUGCAAUGUGUCGUCACAGCUGUUAGUGAUCCAAGGUCAAAAGCAGCUUCACACGUUACUACCGAGUUACAAUACGAUGUCGGACAAUGGUGUACUGAAUUGUCUUAUACCACUGAUGGAGAAUUGUUUGGUGUGAGAGGAUUAUACAAUUUUACAAGUCAGAGUCAAGAAGAAACAGAUACAGAUUCUAACAAUGAAGAAAAAAGUUUACAGGAUAAAAAGAAAAAGGAGGACGACAAUUUGAAAGCACCUCUGGUUGAAAGAAAUGUGUUUGACGUAUCAACCGAAUCCGAAGAUGAUGAUGAAGUGGAAUCAUUAAAAGGAGAAUGGUCAAUCGGUGCUGAAUUAUAUUACGGGGUGAGAGAAAGAAGUGGUGGAGUUUCCGCUGGGAUACGUUAUCGAUCGCUCCCACAGUUUUCGUUACAGUCUCCUCUAAGUGUGACUUACCUGAUUAAUCCGAUCAUGGGACAUAUGUCAGCUGCAUUUGCUGCACAAGUAUCUGAUGAUUUGGCAUUAUGUCCAAGAUUCGAAUUUAAUAUGUAUAGCUAUGAAAGUGAUUUGAUGAUUGGCGCUGAAUGGUGGCAAAGAGAACACGAAAGAGAAAGUGAAUCAAAUGGUGAUACUGAUAAUAAAACUUCACAAGGUGAAGUAACCGGAAUCGUAAAAGCUACAGUAGGAACCUCUAGGGGAAUUACACUUUUGUGGGAAGGAAAAUACGGGAAGAUGUUGUAUAGUAUUGGAUUAGUAGCGGAUUUGACUUCUAGAAUAUCACCUAUACGAUCCGUUGGAUUACAAUUUCAGUAUUUUUCGUAG